AUCUAUCCAUUGUCGUCCUUUCGAUAUAACUGAUAUCAUAAAACACUGUUUUUGCAAUGGUGAGACUGGUGUUUCUAUUAAUUUUAGCUUGUUCAUAUAUGAACGAAAGUUAUGCAUGGGAUAAGCCUUGUGCCGCAAGACCAGCCAACACAUCAUAUGUUUGUGUGUGCAACGCGACAUAUUGCGACGAAGUGGAGAGAGUGGUUCCUCAGCAUGGGAAAUUCCAAGUGUACACUACUUCUCAGAGUGGACUUCGUUUCCAGAAAUCAGUUGGACUAAUGCAACAAUACUAUGAAGAUCCUAAUGCCGCAAAGGAUUGUUACACGCUAGAGUUGAACCCGUUUAAGCAGUACCAAACAAUAGAAGGUUUCGGAGGCGCCGCUACUGAUUCUGCCGGCAUCAAUUGGGCGUCCUUGGAUGAUGAACAGCUCAAGAGAAAUCUCAUUGAAUCCUACUUCGGCUCCAAUGGUAUCGGCUACAACAUGAUCCGCGUGCCCAUCGGAGGCUGCGACUUCUCCACGCGGCCGUACGCGUACAACGAGUUACCUGUCAACGACACUCACCUGUCAAACUUCUCACUCUCCUACGAAGAUUAUUCGUACAAGAUUCCAAUGAUAAAAGCUAGUAUGAAGGUAUCAACGGCGCCAAUCCACCUCGUGGCAGCGACCUGGUCUCCUCCACUGUGGAUGAAAGACCCGAGUAAGAUAUCAGGGGUCAACAGACUGAGGAAGCAGUUCUAUCAGACAUAUGCCGAUUACCAUUUGAAGUUCGUUCAGGAGUACUUCGACAACGGAAUCCCCAUUUGGGCUGUGACCACCACCAAUGAGCCUCUCAGCGGGAUCAUGUCUCUGGGACACAACAACAGACUAGGGUGGACCACAAAGGGGAUGGGUACCUGGAUUUCUAAGAAUUUGGGACCCACUCUCAGAAGCUCCGGUUUUAACGUGAAGAUACUAGCUGGAGACGAUCAACGGUUCACAGUUCCUCUUUGGUUUAACAAUGUGAUCCAAGAGAAGCCAGAAGCCCUGGACUACAUUGACGGCGUGGCUGUACACUUCUAUAUGGACCUGUUCAGCCCCCCAACACUACUUACUGAACCGCUUCAGGAUCAUCCCGAGAAGUUCGUCAUCUACACUGAAGCAUGUAUAGUCGAAGGCAAACCGCCAGUGGUUUUGGGAUCUUGGGAAAGAGCAGAAAGAUACAUCACAAAUAUUAUAGAAGAUUUGAACUACAACGUGGUCGGUUGGAUCGACUGGAACCUGUGCCUGAACAGCGACGGAGGUCCCAAUUACAUCAGCAACUUUGUCGACUCCCCAAUAAUCGUGUUCCCCAAAAACGGGGAGUUCGUCAAGCAGCCGAUGUUCUACGGCCUCGGACAUUUCUCCAAGUUCAUGGGAAGAGGUUCCAGGAGAAUACAUGUUAAUGGGAAUAAAUGCUGCGAUGUUAAACACGUGGCUGUCGUUAGCCCAGAAAAUACAAUCGUCGUUGUUCUUUAUAAUGGGGAUAACAAAGAUCGCGCAGUAUCGUUGAAGUUGAGUGACAAGAUAGCUUCAGUUGAUUUACCGCCAAAAUCUGUUGUUACAGUUGAACUUCCGAAUACUGAUCUACAAAAUGAAACAAAAACAAUGGAAAAAGGCGCUGAUGAGAACCCGUUCACGAUAAUAGGUCACGAUUUAUUUUUAGAGACAAAGGUCGGAGGUCUUAAAAUGAUAGCUCGUUCUAUAUGGCCAGCCGUGUUUUACGCAUUACGUCUUAGAAAUUUUCCUGAGAACAUAAGCACAUUUUUUCACAAACUCAUGACUGAAGUGUUUGCUGGACGAAAUUACAAACCUACAACAAGGAAUGAUUUUGUUGAUUUACUACUUAACUUGUACAAUGAGAAAUACUUGACUGGUGAUAGUAUAGAAAACAUGAAAGGGGCAAAUAAGAAAAUAUCUUUGAAGGUUGACGAUGAAAUGUUGGUAGCGCAGUGUUCUUUGUUUUUCGCCGCCGGUUUUGAGACGUCAUCUACGACUGUACAAUUUGUUCUUUAUGAGCUUGCCAAGAAACCGGACGCUCAAGAGAAGGCUUUAGAAGAAGUGGACGAAUAUCUUAGACGUCAUAAUAAUAGAGUAGAAUUUGAUUGUAUUAAUGAAAUGCCUUAUAUUGAAGCCUGUAUCGAUGAGGCAUUACGUCUGUAUCCAGUAUUGAGUGUUCUUACUCGAGAAGUUCACAAAGAUUAUACUCUGCCUUGUGGUGCAGUACUCGAAAAGGGCGUCAGGGUCCAUUUGCCGGUGUACCAUAUACAGCAUCGUCCAGACUUCUUCCCCGAACCCGAGGAAUUCCGACCAGAAAGAUUUCUAGGAGAGGAGAAACGUAACAUAAAACAGUAUACUUAUUUCCCGUUUGGUGAAGGACCUAGGAUCUGUAUUGGCAUGCGUUUCUCCAAAAUGCAAAUGAUACCCGGUCUCAUCACAGUUCUGAAGAAGUACCGGGUGGAACCGGUGGGGCCUGCUGAAGAAUUGGACUUCUUCUCAACCACCAUGGUUAUAACAGCGAAGAAGGAAAUCAAGCUGAAAUUUUAUAGAAAUAACAAAAUGUUGCCAAGGAUAUGUUGUGUGUUGAUUCUGCUACUGGCUUAUAUAAGUAGGAUACUUUCUGAAAGACCAUGCGCAGCCCGUCUGAUUGAGGGCCAGUCUGUGGUGUGUGUCUGUAAUUCUUCUUACUGCGAUGAUAUUGUGAGAGAAAAACCAGAAGAUGGCUACUUUACCGCCUACACGUCAUCUGAGGCAGGGGCACGGUUCGUCAAACUCACAGGCCAGUUGCAAGAUAUCACAGAGGAAUGCGGAAUAGGAUGUAAGAAGACUGUAUUUAGUCUGGAUCCCAAUGAGCAAUAUCAGGAGAUAGUUGGUUUCGGAGGUGCUGUGACCGACGCGGCUUCCAUUAAUUGGAUGAAUUUGACUGACCCACAGCUGAAGCAAAACCUUAUUGACACAUAUUUCAGCAAAAGUGGUAUAGAAUACAACACGGUACGACUUCCGAUCGGUGGCACAGACUUCUCCACUCAUCCAUAUGCAUAUAAUGAACUACCUGAAAAUGACAUCAACCUAACAAACUUUACUCUCCCCGAUGAAGAUAAGAAAUUUAAGAUACCGAUGAUAAACGCCAUAAAGAAGGUCGUGACGUCACCCUUGUACAUUGUAGCGUCCACAUGGUCCCCGCCAAAGUGGAUGAAGACUAACAAUGACUGGAGCGGGUUCUCAAAGCUGAAGGCAGAAUAUUAUGACACUUAUGCGCUUUAUCAUUAUAGAUUUUUAGAACAGUAUUUCGGACAAGGAAUACCAAUUUGGGCCAUCACCACGACCAACGAACCAAUUGACGGCGCACUCAAUCUCGCAUCGUUUAACUGCCUUGGAUGGUGUGCUAAGGAUAUGGGUAAAUGGAUAGCCAAUAAUCUAGGACCAAUGCUCCGCAACUCGACGUACCGCGACGUCAAGAUUUUGGCCGUCGACGACCAGCGUAUCAAUAUCCUAUAUUUCUUCAAUUUGAUGAUAAAAGAGAAUAAGGAGUGCCUUCAAUAUAUAGACGGCGUUGCUGUUCACUACUACACGGAUUUUAUAGUUCCUGCUUCAGUAUUUAACCUCGUCUCCAAAACCCACCCCGAUAAGUUUAUCAUCAGUACAGAAGCAUGUGAAGGGUCUAUGCCGUGGGAAAAGGAAAAAGUACUUUUAGGAUCAUGGGAUCGAGCUGUUAAAUAUAUCAAAGAUAUUUUUACGGACUUAAACCACAAUUUGGUUGGUUGGAUCGACUGGAACUUGUGUUUGAACAAAGAAGGUGGUCCCAACUGGGUUCAAAACUACGUCGACUCUCCUAUCAUAGUGUUCCCUGAGUCGGGAGAGUUCGUCAAGCAGCCCAUGUUCUACGCCCUGGGUCAUGUCUCCAAGUUCAUACAAAGAGGGUCCAGGAGAAUUAAAAUAACAGAGUCGAAGCCUUUCCUCUCUUCAUCCAUUGAUAAUGUCGCUGUUGCCACUCCGGGGAAUGAAACUGUUGUAGUUGUUUUACAUAAUAAAGACAACCACGAGAGACCUAUAACAAUAAAAUUAGAAGGUAAACAAGCAGAGUUGACUUUGAGUGCCAAAUCCUUCACAACGAUUGAAUUGCCCUACAAGACCAUAUCGUCUAAGUAGAGUUUAAGUUGAGGGUUACACUUGCUAGUUACUUUCAUAAUUAAAUAAACAAUAAGCAGGUUACAUCACACUGGAUGAUCAAAUUUAAAAAAACAAUUACAGACAAAUAAAUAAAAAAACGAGAAAUUUCAAUUACUGAUUUGAUUUAUUUAAUGUCUUUGACAAACGUAUAAGCAAUAGUUGAAAUGAAACAAGAGAAAACUUGAAUGAAUUAAACUAUCACGUUGAAUGUGGCGCUAAUAUAAAAAGAAAAAAAUGGAGACUGUUGCAAAAAAGUGAUACCGAUAAUGAAAAUAUACCAAGAAAGUUCUCAAUUAAGAUGGCGAUUCGUAAAGAUAUUGAUCUGGAAGAGAAUUAUAAAGAAAGAGUAAACUGAUAGAAAUCUGAACAAUCAAAAUUGCUUUAAAGAUAGUAGAUAAAAGACCUGUACCGAAGCGAAGAAGAUGGAAACUUUCCAUUGCGUUUUUCUAAUUCAUGACUUCAAUUGCAUCAUUAUUUUUUUCAAUUCUUCAUUGUCAUCAAGAACUAAAAGUUCUACGUUAAACAUGAUGUUUAUUAUU